AUGACCCAACAGGAAUACAAAGAUGCGAUUGCCACGUGCAAGACAACCAUCCGGCUAAAACGUGGAAAGCCGCCGUUUGGGAGGAAAAAAACUAAAUCGUCGGGGAAGUUGGAAAUCAAGAUACAGUACAAAUGGAGAUCUGUUUGUUAUUCUACCAUGCUAGACCAGAGAGCUGCUAAAUAUUUCUGUGAUCUGUUGGGUAUCAAAUCUGAAAACCCGUUUGUAUUUGGUGAUCAAUAUUUUGGGCCAGCCAAGAAAAAUAAAACAUGGUGGGUAUCUUGGUCUUGUGCCGAUGGCUAUUGUAUCAUUGAUAACAACAAGAAUACUAAUGAAUCUUGCGCAAUCAACCAAUAUGCCAGCCUGAAGUGCUAUAACAAAGAACCCAAAGAUGCUGUCCCAGAACUGCGACUUUCUGGAGGCACAAAUUAUUCUGGCACGUUGGAGAUGAAGAGGUUUGGUGUAUGGGGUGGUGUGUCAGUCCGAAGUAAAUACGACAGUCGGCCAGAAAUAAACAGAGUUGCUAAAGUCGCUUGUCAACAAUUGGGAUUUGAAGCAAAAGAAUAUGCAUUCGAAAUUAAUCGUGAUAGAAAAAGGCAUACCACUUUGAUUUGGUUUCUCGACGUAUUUUGCUCUGGUAAUGAAAACAAUAUGUUGGCUUGUGAUCACAAGAAAUGGGGAGAAACCCUCCAUCGUGGAGUGGGCACAUAUCCUGUCUAUGUCACAUGUAUGACUCCACUGAAACUGAAACAUAAGACUAAUUCUUACACCGGGGAACUUUAUAUCUUUCUUGAUGGUUGGAGGCGGGUGUGUCUGGAAGGCUGGACCACACCCACAUUGAUGGUGGCUUGUAGAUAUCUUGGCUUGGAAUGGCGUUAUGCAGAUGUGAUAUUGACAUAUUCAACUGUUGACGGUCAUGAUGAAUGGUAUAAAGAUGGAACUCUAUGUCAGGGUCACGAAGAAACAUUAUCCCAGUGUGCACCAGCCAGCACCAUGCACCACCCAUUUCUCACAAUAUGCCGUUCAAGAACGGGAACGUUAAGGUUGCUGACCUGCCCAGAUACGCAAAAAACAGUGCUAAGUAAAUUGAGCGUACGGCUGUACCGAACAGAUCAUGGGGAAAUGGCCGUACAGGUUGAAGAUAAAUGGCUACCUAUGUGUAACAGUAACUGGAAUGAUGGUGGUGCAAUGGUGGCAUGCAGACAACUCGGAUUUAAUCCAGAAAAUGGGCAAAACUUUGGAAAAACUCUAAACCAUCGGCCUGACAGAGUCAUAGUCACAGACAUGAAUUGUACAGGGCAAGAGACAAACCUAAAUGAAUGUACUUUUAUGGAGUGGAAAAUUGUAUCUAUUGGAAGUGUUGAAAAUACAUGCAGAUCGGUACAAGACGGUGUGAAUAUAGGAUGUACGGAUAAAUCAACAAAGGCACGCUUGGUAGGAGGCCCUGACAAUUAUUCAGGGCGUGUAGAAAUAUGGCAUAAAAAUGAAUGGAAAAAAGUAUGUGGGCGUUUUAUUGGUGUUGGGUUUUAUACGAUGGAGGCUCAAGCGAUUUGUGACGAUAUCGAACGCCCGGGACAAUAUGCAAGACAUUACAAGUCGAAUUAUUUUGGAAUGGCCACGCGUGCUACAGCAGUGCGGAUUAGCUGUAAUCGUGGUGAAAAGUUAGACGUUUGUAGAAUUUAUGAGACCAACUGCACUGAUAAAUAUAACUAUGAUUUGGGUGUCACUUGCUUUGAUCACAAUCCAGGAUUACACGAAUAUCUGCAGCCUGGGGCACUUGGAUAUGAUUUGGAUGACAUCAGUAGGAGAAACGAUGGCAUCGUUGUAGUGAAUAGCGAAUACAAUCAUGACAAAAAAGAGCACACUAUAUGUGGCGGAGAUACUUGGACCAGAAGUGAAGCUCAAGUUGUAUGCAGACAGUUGGGAUACGACCCAGUCGAUGCAACGGUUGAUGAAUUCCCAUUUCUUCAAUGUUUCGGGGGUGAUACGAUAAUAAUGAGUGAUGUCAACUGUACUGGAGAUGAACGUAGUCUAGCAGAGUAUGGUUUAAGAGCCAGUGUUUUUUGUGGAAAACUACCGAUUGUACUAGAAGAAAAUGGAAGGGAAUCCAAGUUUAAGGGUGAAGUUAUGGUUCGUGAUUUGAGAAAUGGAUGGCCAUUGCAUCCUGUCUGUGGAUCCGGUUGGGAUGAGAAAGAUGCAAAAGUGGUGUGUCGUCAAUUAGGAUAUCCGUAUGAGAAUGCAUCCGUUUAUUUUAUGGAGUACACUCCCAACGAGUACGAUCCUGACAGAGACGGUCCAUUAAUAACCAAUGUAAAUUGUAAAGGUGAUGAAACGCAUCUUGGAAAAUGUGAUUUCGAUCUGGACUUUUCUCUCGUAGCCGCCCAGGGCCAGUAUGAUGGUUAUUCCUAUUGUACUAAAUAUGAGCUUCUCGUUGACUAUAUUGAUUUUGACAUGGAUUUCAAUUUAUGUAACAACGGUAGUAUUGCUGGUGUCAUUUGCAAAUAGUUGCAAACGUUGAUGCCAUAAUGAAAUGGCAUUAUUUUGACUGAAUUCAACACGAAGGAAUAAAAAAUUACCACGAAAAAAUAGUCCAGCAUCUCAUAAAUAUCAUCGAAUGAAAAAUCCAAUAUUCUUCUAUGUGCUUCGAUGAAAAAUUUAUACUUAAAGAGGGCAGUUCACACAAGUAUUUGAAGAAGCCUUGAUGGAGCAACAUUGGAUUGUUGAUCAUACUCUGUACUAAUAAAACACCCUUAACAUUUUAAGAAUGAC